AGCCUGUUCAAAGAAACAGGAAAAAAAAAGAGAGAAAAUCUUCUCCCCUAAAAAGUAGGCGGUAAUCGUUUGCUUGGAAAAAUGGCGUUGAGCUAUUAAGUCGCCAGAGCGCUACCUGCCAUUGGAGGGGCACCUGGGAUUGAUGAGGCGCUGCAGCCAAUCAGACUGCGCGAAAGGAGCGAACGGGCUCCAGUUAAAGGGGGCAGAAGAGGAGGGAGAGCCAGUCCACGGAGAAACAGGGACUCUCCGCCGAUAAAGCGCUCACUCCGAGUCAGAGAAAUAAAUCCGUGCCCAAACUGGACCGCGGUGAUUUUUUUUAUUUUAUUUAUUAUUAUUCUUGAGAUGCUCCAACCGCUCUCUUUGUGCGCGCGCAGAAGACGCCUAGUAAGAUAACUGUUUUAAUCCUAACUGUAUUUUUUUUACUUUUAUUUUCAGUAAAACAUCAAAGGGUCGUAGUCAGGAGAAGAGGACACAAGGAAAUCUUUCAUUUUCGUUUGGAUUUUUCGAUUCCAAGUAAUUAAUGAAUUAUUUUAUUGUUUGUUAGGUUUGUAUCUUUUAGCUAUGAGCGGAGAAGCGCAUUCGAUUUACGCCUGAUGGUGUUUCUAAAGCUGGAAGUUGUAUUGUUGCGUGCCAACAUUUGAUCUUUUUUUCUUUUUUUUUUUAUUUUGUAAUUUUUAAAAGAAGUCUGUUUUGGUUUUUAAACGCAAAAUAACAAUGUUACUGGAUGCUGGCCACCAGUUCCCGGGACUGGGAGUGGGUUCGUUUGCCAGGCAUCACUCAGCGAGCGACAUGCAGGACAGAGACUUGAGUUUGGCGCAGAACAGCUUUGUAGACUCCGCACACAUGGGUGCGUUCAAGCUCAACCACGAUCUCUCUCCGGGACAGAGCUCUGCCUUCACCACGCAGGCACCGGGCUACCCCGCUGCGGCUCUGGGGGCCCACGCCGCUCAUGUCACGUCGUACGCGAGCUCCCCCUUCAACUCUACCAGGGACUUUCUCUUCCGCAGCCGCGGCUUCGGAGAAUCCUCUCCGGCGAGCGGCCAGCACGCUAUUUUUGGCCCCACGGCAGGAUCCCUUCAUCACACCCACACAGACACUCAAAGCCACAUUCUAUUCCCCGGGAUCCACGAUCAGCACGGCUCCCACGGUUCGCCGAAUGUCCUGAACGGCCAGAUGAGGCUCGGACUGCCGGGUGAAGUUUUCGGGCGCUCCGAGCAGUACCACCAGGUCUCCAGCCCGAGGACCGACCCGUACUCCGCCGCGCAGCUCCACAACCAGUACGGCUCCAUGAAUAUGAACAUGGGCAUGAACAUGGCAGCCCACCACCAUCAUCACCCCGGUGCCUUUUUCCGCUACAUGAGGCAGCAGUGCAUCAAGCAGGAGCUCAUCUGCAAGUGGAUCGAUCCGGAGCAGCUGAGCAACCCCAAAAAGUGCUGCAACAAAACUUUCAGCACCAUGCACGAGCUGGUUACGCACGUCUCCGUGGAACACGUCGGCGGGCCGGAGCAGACCAACCACAUCUGCUUCUGGGAGGACUGCGCCCGGGAGAGCAAGCCGUUCAAGGCGAAAUACAAACUGGUGAACCACAUUCGGGUGCACACGGGGGAGAAACCCUUCCCCUGCCCCUUCCCAGGCUGUGGCAAAGUUUUUGCUCGCUCGGAAAACUUGAAGAUCCACAAAAGAACACACACAGGAGAAAAACCUUUCCAGUGCGAGUUUGAGGGUUGUGACAGAAGAUUUGCAAACAGCAGCGACCGAAAGAAACACAUGCACGUCCACACGUCAGACAAGCCAUAUUUGUGCAAAAUGUGUGACAAGUCCUACACACACCCCAGCUCUCUACGAAAACACAUGAAGGUUCACGAAUCCACUCCAUCUGCAUCAGAUUCAUCACCAGCUGCAAGUUCUGGCUAUGAAUCGUCCACUCCCCCGGGCCUGGUGUCCCCCACCACCGAGACCCAAAGCAACACAACCCUGUCCCCAGCCUCAGCUGUGCACAACACCACCAGCCACAGUGGCCUGUCCUCCAAUUUCAGUGAAUGGUAUGUGUAGGACUGAGCUCAAAAAAAUAAAGCCACACACACAUCACUUCCCAGCACUGGGCAUUUCCACAGGAGUUUUCUUAUUUGGACACAAAAACAUUUAUUUUUUAUUUUAAUAUUCACCAGACAGUGUGAUAAUAACCAGCGGAGG